AUGGAAAACGAUGACCCUGAUCAUGAUCAUUCGCGAUAUCCUGUCAAGUCAAAUCUUAUAGCUGAGUUCAAUAAUCCUGGAGAGCACCAAGAUUUUGAUGGCAGCAUCACCAUACCAUUAAUCUAUUGUCCCUUCAAGAAAACCACAGAUGCUCCCUUGGACGCAGAUAAUCUGGGGACAGGUGUCUUUGUGGGUGGCGAUAAAAAGCAGUCAUGUUGUGGGCAAGGAGGAUCCGGUAUAGUCUACAGAGUCAAGUUAGACCCUACGCACCACAAACUGUCAGAGGAUAAAGACAGUUAUUUUGCGCUGAAAGAAGUCUCGCGUCCAUUUCGAUAUGAAUUAGAAGGAUCGAAGCAGCAUCACAAGUAUAGCCAUCCGUCUAUUGUUACACACCUAGUUUCGUGGACUCAAAUCGAAAGCUAUUACAUCAUUUUUCCAUUGGCAGAUUGCAACUUGAAACAGUACAUGGAAAAGAGAGACUUCCCCAUCAAUUCAAGGGUAGAGCAGUCAUGGCUUUUGGAGCAGCUUUGCGGCAUAUCAUCAGCUCUGCAGUACAUUCAUGACUUUCCUGUAACGCCUUGGCAUCAUAAUAUCAAGCCUGACAACAUACUUUACUUCUGGGCUGAAGAUUCCCCGCACGGAGUUUUCAAGAUUUCAGAUUGGAACUUCCCCUUUGCAAAGGUCUUGAACAAUACAUGGCGCGGGAAGGUGCACAAUUUAUCCAGACCGCCUGCGUACGAACCACCUGAAAUUAUGUUGGAGGAGGGAGUGUCGCGCCCUUAUGACGUCUGGUCACUUGGCUGUGUCUUCCUCGAGGUCCUUAUUUGGGCUGUAUGGGACUUUGAACACGUGAAGAAGUUUAGAGAUUCAAGACUGGCGAAAAGAGACGGCUCCAAGAGCGUCCUGAUCGAUGACGGUUUUUGGCAAAAUACCGUACGGGACAAGAUCAUCCUUCGCUCCAGUGUCAUCCAACAUAUCGAGGCCCUAGACCGGAACUUGCAGAAGAAUGAAGUGAAAGCUUUCCAAAAGGUCCUUGACGUGGUAAGGAAAAUGCUUGAGGUCCAGCAUGAGGACAGAAUUUCGGCGCGCGAAAUUUUGCAUUCGAUGAACAGUAUCGUACAACAGGCUCAAAUAGAAGGCAUCGACUAUUUGAGCAAGGAGUCUGAAUCUUCACUGGCGCCCUCUAUUUUCUUAGAAGCCUCUCUUACGUCCUACACAUCAAAAACUUCUGCAACGCAACCGCCUGGAAUAUUGGAACACCUUGAUAGAGUGUUCUCUGACAACGACUCGCUUCAGCCCUUUUAUAUUUCCGCUACAGCAAAUCCCAAAAUUGGUCCAUCUAGACUAGAGAAUAAUUUCAGACGGUUAUUGAGACGGUAUGCCACGAGACUUCACCAUGAAGCAAAAUUUGAGCUUCAAAAGAAAGCUGCGCGAUAUAUUGGCAGACAUACUAGAGACAUCUCUCUUUCUGUCUGCAGGAGAUUUGAUGGUCAGGAUUUGGGUAAAGCAGAAGCGAUGAGACGACUACAGCUCCAGCCUUCGGAGGCUGGUAAAAACGCAAUGCUCGACAAUUAUCUGAGGGCAAAUUUUCCCCCUGAGCAGGCAUCAAUAAAGCACGGGGGAGACUCAGUAUCAAGAGCCGAAGCCGAUAAUCAGACGUCAGCGCCAGAGUCUCAUCAUGAUUCCACCACCGGGACGGAAAGUCAUAGUUCUGGUAGCGAUUUAGGAGAAGACCCAAGUCUGGGAGCGACGCCAACGCUAGAUGGAAUAAUAGCUUUUCUUGUUGAAAGUAAAGCUUUUGAUCUCCUCAGACAAGAGCUGGAUCACUUCGUUCACCCCAAGGCCGUACUCGCAGGGCUCUCGACCUCCAACGUCUCGUCAGCCAUUGACGGGAAAAUGAGUGUCCAAUUCACCCCCAGAGCCCUUAUUUCACCCAUCUCAGUCGUUGAUCGUGCCAAAGCCUUCUUCGAAAAAAAGAGCUCUACCCCAAUCAUCUGGUGGCCGCUUCGCCAGAGAGAAGCUUGUUGUGCUAAAGGCUUUACAAGAAUAUCUUGGACUUGUGCCUGUGGGGGACAAAUUUCCUACAGUCUAUCGGAACAAGCGGCGAAUACAUAUUUCAAAGCAAUCGCCUCUGGUACAUCGAGCUCAAUCAACCAGCCUAUUCUUCCUGUCCAUAGUUCUGGACCGCUAGAUCUUGAGUCAGCCGCUGCUGCUCAAUCACAACCCAGCAGGCCGCCCGCAGGUGGUCUCCAACAACGGAGGGUUCCGCAGACCAGUUCUAAUAGCAACGCCAAUAUUGCCUCUCAAGCCCCUCCUACUACUGUGCAAUACGUGCAUUGGUGUGUCGAUGCUAAUAGAUACAAGACACAGCUUACACACAUUCCGAUCAAAGCUCAGAAUGCCGCCUUCAUCUCCAAACUCAAGGCAGCUUUCAACGCUAUCCGCGGUGUCAGACGCUGGCUAUCACUGACGGACUGCUACGGCAUCAAAUUUGUAGCUUUCACUCGAAUCCAUCGCUCUCAGGAACUAGUCGCCUGUUACAAAGAGGACCUCCCCUGCCCUCGAACAAACGAGGACUACAAAUACACCUACGAGGAUCCCCGAGAAAGAUUCAUCAAGUCACUUGAGGCGCGCUUAUUACACAGCCUUCACGCGCCACAUGAAUGCGAAGCAGAAGAUAUGGAAGACAUUGUCAGUCGUAUACCCAAGAAAGUCAAUGGAAAGCUGAUCAAUGGUCUCGAUAUUGAGGGGUACGGAAUGCAAGCAAUUCCUGGGUGGUCGGUUUGGAGAGCUAUGGUUGCUUUGUUCCUGAGUCAAGUUGAUCCGUUGAUAUUUGCUGUCCGGUGGUUGUGUGGACAUUCUGGUGAUCUUCAGAAUGCUUUUCAGCUUGCUGUUUACCUGCUUGGGUUUUUGAAUAUUGUCGUUGUCAUGCCUGAUGUUUGGAGUUUACGGAAAGGUGAAGAGCUGCGAUCAUGA